AUGCCCGCAGUUCCUAAUCGCCCUGCUAGAAAGCAGAAAAAACAACCCCGUCGUUUUGUGGCGGAAGACGAAGACAAGGGACAGGAGCCCUUAUCGAAAGUGGGGCCCCUUUGCGAUGAUGAUAAAAAAUUCAAAAAUCGGCCUUAUUUAGAGCCCGUUCGUAUUCGUGCUCAUUUGAAUACAUUAGCCGAACGAAAUAAGAACGCUGUUGCCCGACAUGUUAUUAGAUAUUGUGUUGAGGCGGCGCCGUUUCUCGACAAAUGGGUGUGUGACCAGUAUGAGUAUCAAGUCUGGCAAAAGUUUUUGAAGCUAGGUUCUGAUACCGAUUCGGGUCACAUACAUUGGGCGCAGGAGAUUGUCAAGCGAACAAAGACGCGCGACUCCCGAAUCAAUAAAGAGUUUUGUGUCACUCAAAUGACCAGACUCCAAAAAAGUAUUCUGACCGCUAGCAACGAGGUGACUCGUUCGCAAGGAGAGUUAGCGGCUUUCGCACCAGCAAUGUUGCCUGCGCAAACAUCCCGAUCGUCGAGCGCCGGUGUUGCACAAUCGCAACCGGAGCAGACCGUCACGGGCCAGGUUUUGUUUGCUGACGAAAUUCUUCGUAAAUACAUUCAGGUUCAGACUCAUUAUGUAGCCAAGAAAUGUGCUACUCGUGUCGCGAUUGCAGUGGCUGAACAAGCUGAAUACACUGCCCUGCAAUUGUUUGAGAACCGAGCAACCGCGCAUCAAAAGACGCAUGCUGCUGUGGUGAAACCGAAAUUCGAAGUCCUUCAUAUAAAAGAGAAAAAUAUGAAAGUGUUAGCGAAACAGGUCGAGUUCGAUAUGGUACCGAAAUCAGUUCCAAAAUUUGAUUUUCAUUACCGAAUCGACGAGCAAGCCCUGUCCCCUGCGCAAAUAGACAAUGCGCAUCGAGACAUGAGGAAAUUAGUUCUCGAUUUUCAAAAGGAGGCAGUUCAGCUCAUGCUUCAAACCGCCACUGAAGAAUGCGACAAUGUCAGAAUCAAAGUGACCGAACUCAUUGAUGGCAUGCCAGAAGGAGAGGCGGACUGCGUUGAAGGUAGUGACGAGGACGCUCAAGUGCAAGAGAAUGGAUCGUUUCGAGCCCUCUUCAAUAACUAUUUGGAGGCACGAGCUAUUCGACUCAAUAAAACCAC